GCUCCUGGGACCCCCGCCCCGGCGUCUGUCGCCGGAGCUCCCCCUAGUCGGUGUCGCCGUCCCCGCCCGGGUUUUAACCUCUCCUGGCACUUCCGGUGUUGGAUGGAAGGUGUCUCGUCUAAGCGGCGCGUGCAGGCUGCCGUGUGCCUGCGAGUUUUCAGACACACUUCUAUGGAUCUGAGUUCUCAGCUUCUUCAGAGAAGAUUCUUCUCAUAGUUCUUGAGCAUUUCAAGUGGUAAUCACAUGAUUAUUUUAUGUCGAGCAACUCGGGAAAUUAGUUUGGGCAGGGUCACAGCGUGUGCAGUGACUCAGACCUAAUGUCCCACUCUUGUCCUGCAGCGACCUGGCGAUUUGCAGUCGCUCUGCGCGUUUCAAUGGCAGAACCUCAGUCUGGUUGAAGUUAUGGAUAUGUGGGCGUCUGUUCAUUUUGAACACAUUUUGGCUCUUUUAUGUUAAAAUAUUGCCAUUGUGACUCUAGGACCUUAAAAAGAAGAUUCUAGAAUGGUACACUAAAAAAAGGCCAGUUAUCAAACUGUCGUAUGAGGGGUGCUGUACCAAAAACCAUGCUUUAGAGUCGAGCUUGAGAUCUAUGUAAAAUAUGCAUGUAAUCUCUUGAACUGUUAUGCAUAUCUUUUCUGAUUAAAUACUUCAGGUUUUGUUUUUGUUUUUUGUCCGGGGGCCGGGUUUGAACCUGCCACCUCCGGCAUAUGGGGCCGGCGCCCUACUCCUUUGAGCCACAGGCGCCGUCCCCUUCAAGUAUUUUUUUUUAAGAUAGAAGUGUUAUCAAAGAUAUACACCCGUAUAUGCACAUGUACACAUGUUGGGGUUCAAGGCGGCGGUCUGUCCCCCAAAAUGUCAGGGUUUCAGGCAGCUGCCUGGGUCCUUGCCUCUUGCAGAGCUCUUGAGGGAAAAACGAAGACCCCCCACAGUAAGGCAAGAGUGAAAUGAAAUUUGCUGUUGGAAGAGAAAGGUAGCUUUACAGAGUAACAAAGUUUACAGAGAAGGAUACGUUCACCAAAUGGACCUCCUUUGCCAGAGCAAGUAGACAGAGAAUCCCGGGGUGGGGGUGAGGGGUGGGGUUCUCUUCUGUAUUGCCCCCUUGGAGGUUUAUCUUGUCAUCCGGAGGUCACCUUGGAACCAGAGCAUGGGGAUUCCCAUGGGACUCUCAGAGAGGCUGAGAAUGGGGGAAUAUGGGCCACAUGGUGGUAUUGGCAAAAGGAAAAGAGACCGAAGUAUGUGGACUUUAUGGCAAAUAAUUACCCUCCUGCUUUUAAAUAUGAAGAUUUUGGACCACUAUUUACAGCAAAAUUUUUUAAUGCCAAUCAGUGGGCAGAUAUUUUGCAGGCCUCUGGUGCCAAAUACAUUGUCUUAACUUCCAAACAUCAUGAAGGCUUUACCUUGUGGGGUUCAGAGUAUUCCUGGAACUGGAAUGCAGUCGACGAAGGGCCGAAGAGGGACAUUGUCAAGGAACUUGAGGCAGCCAUCAGGAGCAAGGCUGACCUGCGUUUCGGCCUGUACUAUUCCCUCUUUGAAUGGUUCCAUCCACUCUUCCUUGAGGAUCAAUCCAGUUCAUUCCAUAAGCAACAGUUUCCAGCAUCUAAGACGUUGCCUGAGCUCUAUGAGUUAGUGAACAAGUACCAGCCCGAGGUCCUGUGGUCUGACGGGGAUGGAGAUGCCCCAGAUAGCUACUGGAACAGCACAGGCUUCCUGGCCUGGCUGUACAAUGACAGCCCAGUUCGGAAUACAGUAGUCACCAAUGAUCGUUGGGGACUUGGUAGCAUCUGUAAGCAUGGUGGCUACUAUACCUGCAGUGAUCGUUAUAACCCAGGACAUCUGUUGCCACAUAAAUGGGAAAACUGCAUGACAAUAGACAAGUUUUCCUGGGGCUAUAGGAGAGAUGCUGGAAUUGGUGACUAUCUUACAAUCGAAGAAUUGGUGAAGCAACUUGUAGAAACAGUUUCAUGUGGAGGAAAUCUUCUGGUGAAUAUUGGACCCACACUAGAUGGCACCAUUUCUCCAAUUUUUGAGGAGCGAUUAAGGCAAAUGGGGUCUUGGCUCAAAGUCAAUGGAGAAGCUAUUUAUGACACCCAGACUUGGAAAGCCCAGAAUGACACUGUCACCCCGUAUGUGUGGUACACAUCCAAACCUAAAGAAAAACGGGUCUAUGCCAUUUUCCUUAAAUGGCCCACAUCAGGAAAGCUGUUUCUGGGCAAGCCCAAAGCUACACUGAGGAAAACAGAGGUAAAACUACUGGGCCACGGACAGCCACUUCACUGGAUUUCUUUGGCGCCCGGUGGCAUCACAGUAGAACUGCCACAGCUAACCUUUAGUCAGCUGCCCUGCAAUUGGGGCUGGACUCUGGCAUUAACUAACGUGACCUGAAGUGUGGCAGAGUGGCCGAUGCUGCAGUUCCGUCCACAGCGAGGCGAGGCCAGCUUUCUGUCAUGGUAGAACAUGGAGUACGCCAUGAGGAGCUGGACAAGAAGAAUCCAGUAAUAAUUUAGGCAGUUCAGCCCCUUUCCUCUUUCUAUUUUUUCCCUGAAUUAUCCAUGUAACCAUUAUUUUAACUUUCAAGUGCACCGUUCCAUUAAAGUCCCUUCAUAUUGAU